GACUGCCAGGUUUGGAUGAGAAGGCAAAUGGGCUUGGUCGGGGAGUGAGCGGUGGUGUUGCUGGGCUGGAGCGAGCGGCCGUUGCCCGGCGAGAGCCCUCCUCCCCUCGCUCCCCGGCCCCCAUUCCCCGGCGCGGCCGCGGGUGAAGAUGGAGCCGUAGCAGCUGGGACCAUGUCUGAAGCGGCUCGGAGCCUUCUGCAGCGCUGGGGCGCCAGCUUCAGGAAAGGGACCGACUUCGACUCCUGGGGGCAGCUGGUGGAGGCGAUCGACGAGUAUCAGAUAUUAGCAAGGCAUCUACAGAAAGAGGCACAGUCUCAACCCAACAAUUCAGAAUUCACAGAAGAUCAAAAGAAAACUUUAGCUAAGAUUGCAACAUGUUUGGAACUCAGGAGUGCAGCUUUGCAGUCUACACAGUCACAGGAAGAGUUUAAGCUGGAGGAUCUGAAGAAACUAGAACCAAUCUUAAAGAGUAUUCUUACCUAUAAUAAAGAAUUCCCCUUUGAUGUUCAGCCUGUUCCACCAAGGAAAAUCUUAGCACCUGGUGAAGAGGAAGACUUAGAAUUUGAAGAAGAUGAGGAGGAAGGUGGAGCUGGAGCAGGAUCUCCAGAUGCAUUUCCUGCCAGAGUCCCAGGAGCCAAUGAAGGUACUUUAUUACCCAGAUUACCAUCUGAACCCGGGAUGACAUUACUAACUAUUAAAAUAGAAAAAAUUGGUCUUAAAGAUGCUGGGCAGUGCAUCGAUCCCUAUAUUACGGUUAGUGUAAAAGAUAUCAAUGGGAUAGAUCUUACACCUGUGCAGGACACCCCAGUUGCUUCAAGAAAGGAGGACACUUACGUUCAUUUUAAUGUGGACAUUGAGAUUCAGAAACAUGUUGAAAAAUUAACAAAAGGUGCAGCUAUUUUCUUUGAAUUUAAACACUAUAAACCCAAGAAAAGAUUCACCAGCACCAAGUGCUUUGCCUUUAUGGAGAUGGAUGAAAUUAAAGCCGGACCAAUUGUUAUAGAACUGUACAAAAAACCCACUGAUUUUAAGAGGAAGAAACUUCAGUUGUUGACCAAGAAGCCACUUUAUCUUCACCUUCAUCAAAUACUGCACAAAGAGUGACUUUUGUGAACUGAACCACUUGUAGCUGCAUAUGUAGCACAUCUUUCAGGAGGGAGGAAGAAUGGAUGCAUUUACUUUGUGGUCACAUACGGCCAUUGAUGCUGCACAGCAGUGGAUCAGCAUCCAAGCCCCUGCAUCCAAGUCCAGUUUUCUUUGGAAUGUAUAUUUUUAUCUCAGAUGUUCCAAAGUGUGUUGCGAGUUUUUCCUAAAUGGGCUGGUAUUAAGUUCAGUUAUGUAACUUGAUUUCUACAAUUAUAUCAGAACCCUUAAUUAAAGCAGUUGAGAAAUCCUCAUCUUCUGCACCUGAUACAGCAAUAAAGAUAUGCCAGUAUCAACAAA